UGCACACUGCUUCCAGUUAGUCCCAAGGCUUCCCUCUCCUGCUCCAGUCCCGCUGGAUCUGAGCCAGUUUUAGGAGUUUCGAGAGAGCUACGCCGCUAAGUUCUGCUAGGUUCCUGAGCUUAAACUGCACAUCGCAACAAAGGGAGGGGUCGCGUGGGGGCUCUGGGUCCCGGCGCGCACCCACUGAACUGCUUUCUCCCUCUCUUGCCCUAGUCGUGGAAGGGAUGGAGGACGCCGAGGCCGACUGCUCGGUUGCUUUCGCAGAGGCUCAAAGAUGGGUGGAGGCUGUAACUGAGAAGAAUUUUGAAACAAAGGACUUCCGAGCCUCUCUAGAAAAUGGUGUUCUGUUGUGUGAUUUGAUUAAUAAGCUCAAACCUGGCAUCAUUAAGAAGAUCAAUAGACUGUCAACACCAAUAGCAGGGUUGGAUAAUAUAAAUGUUUUUUUGAAAGCUUGUGAACAGAUUGGAUUGAAAGAAGCCCAGCUUUUUCAUCCCGGCGAUCUACAGGAUUUAUCAAAUCGAGUCACUGUCAAGCAAGAAGAGACCGACAGGAGACUGAAAAAUGUUUUGAUAACGUUGUACUGGCUGGGAAGAAAAGCACAAAAUAACCCCUACUAUAAUGGUCCCUAUCUCAAUCUGAAAGCCUUCGAGACUCUUUUAGGACAAGCUUUGACUAAGGCUCUUGAAGACUCUAGCUGUCUCAAAAGAAGUGGCCGUGACAGUGGCUACGGUGAUAUCUGGUGUCCUGACAGAGGAGAAUAUCCUGCCCCUGCAGGGAGCCACAGGAGAGAAGAUUCCUUCGAGAGCUUGGACUCCUUGGGGUCUAGAUCAUUGACCAGCUGCUCCUCAGAUCUCACUCUUAGAGGUGGGAAAGAAGGUUGCGAAAGUGACACAGAUUGGGAAUUUACAUUCAAAAUGCAGGAUUAUAACAAAGAUGAUAUGUCCUACCGAAGGAUUUCAGCUAUUGAACCAAAGUCGGCUUUGCCGUUCAACCGUUUCUUGCCUAAUAAAAGCAAACAGCCAUCCUAUGUGCCAGCACCUUUGAGGAAGAAAAGGCCGGACAAACACGAGGAUAACAGAAGAAGCUGGGCAAGCCCGGUCUACACAGAAACAGACGGAACGUUCUCAAGUAACCAGAGGAGAACUUGGGGUCCUAAGACGGAGAACUGGCACACAGUCCAAGGAACUUCCACCUCCUCUUGGUAUUUCGAAGAGGAAGAAGAGAAGCUAACACGCAUGCCCAAUAUUGUGAAGGAUGACCUCUAUGUGCGGAAACUAAGCCCGGUCAUGCCAAGCCCAGGCAGCUCUUUUGAUCAGUUCCUCCCUAAAUGUUGGACCCCAGAAGAUAUGAACUGGAAAAAAAUAAAGAGAGAGAAUUAUAAGCCAUGGUAUAAGGAAUUUCAGGGAUUCAGUCAGUUUUUAUUGCUUCAGGCCCUCCAAACAUACUCUGAUGACAUCUUGUCUUCGGAAACAAAUGUCAAAAUUGAUCCCACCUCUGGCCCAAGGCUCAUAACUCGCAGAAAGAAUCUCUCUCAUGCACCAGGCUAUGGAUCCCACGACCUUGAGUUGCCAGCCCUGGAUCCUGACUUAGAAAACGAUGAUUUCUUUGUCAGAAAAACAGGGGCUUUCCAUGCAAAUCCGUGUGUUCUUCGAGCCUUUGAAGACUUGAGAAGGUUCUCUGAGCCGGAUGAUGCUGUUGAACGUGACAUAAUAUUGCAAUGUCGGGAAGGUGAACUCGUACUCCCAGAUUUAGAAAAGGACGAUAUGAUUGUUCGCCGGAUCCCGGCACCGAAGAAAGAAGUGCCCCUCUCUGGGGCCCCAGAUAGAUACCAGCCCAUCCCUUUCCCCGAACCCUGGACCCUGCCUCCAGAAAUCCAAGCCAAAUUUCUCUGUGUGCUCGAAAGGACGUGCCCACCCAAGGAGAAAAGCAGUAGCUGCAGAGUGUUAGUUCCUUCCUGUCGACAGAAGAAGGAUGACAUGUUGACUCGCAAGAUCCAGUCUUGGAAGCUGGGGACCGCUGCGCCUCCCAUCAGCUUCCAGCCCGGCCCCUGCAGCGAGGCUGACCUACAGAAGUGGGAGGCCAUCCGGGAGGCCAGCAGGCUUAGACACAGGAAGCGGCUGAUGGUUGAGAGACUCUUUCAAAAGAUUUAUGGUGAGAAUGGGAGCAAGUCCAUGAGCGAUGUAAGCACAGAGGAUGUUCAGAACCGUCAGCUGCGGUACGAGGAGAUGCAGAAAAUGAAAUCCCACUUGAAAGAGCAAGAUCAGAAAUGGCAGGAUGACCUUGCAAAAUGGAAAGAUCGUCGGAAGAGUCACAAUUCAGAUCUGCAGAGGAAAAAGGAAGAGAGGGAAGAGAUUGAAAAGCAGGCUCUUGAAAAGUCCGACCGAAGCUCCAAGACCUUUAGGGAAAUGCUUCAAGACAGGGAAUCUCGCAAUCAGAGUUCUACAGUUACAUCUCGGAGGAGGAUCUAUUCCUCUGAUGACAUCCUGGAUGGUGAAGCGCUCCCUCCUACAGUGACUCUGUCAGAAACCAGUUACCGGAGUGACAGACCUGAAGACCCAGCAACAGCUUAUCCUGCUGAGACGCCCAAAGAAGAUUCCACAACAUCUGCAGAUAGACAGGACGGUGGGGCGGCUGACAUUCAGCUUCCUCCUCGUAUUCCCGAAGAGCAGCGUCUGGCCCCUUUGCCUUCUACACAGCCACACCAGACCCCUUCGCCUUCUGCAGAAAAGCACCAGGCCUCUUUGCCUUCUGCAGAACUGCAUCAGAUCUCUUUAUCUUCUACGGCACAGCGUCCAGCCUUUCUCUCUCUUCAGCCGUCACCGAGCACAAGAGUAGAGUUGACUCGGAUUUCAGCCUCUCUCCCUAGAAGUUACCAGAAAACUGAUACAGCCAGGUUAACAUCUGUGGUCACAGCGAGACCUUUUGGCACAUCUUCAAGGGGAAUCUCGUCACUGCCCAGAUCCUACACGAUGGAUGAUGGUUGGAAGUACAAUGGAGAUGUUGAAGUUGUCAAGAGAGAACAACACAAUUUGGUCAGAGAUGCUGGCUCAAAGCCUGACUCUAGCCAUAUUUUGGGCUCAUCCAGCGAAAAAGAGGUAGCUCCAGGAGAAGAUGUGACAAGCUUGUCCUCUUCCACACCCCUUUCCUCAUCUCUCUCCCAAGACCAGGCGGCCUCUUCAAAAGCAAUGUUCUCAUCAAUGUCUGGCCUAGAUUCAGUGUCUGACUCUGGAGAAGGGAGAAGCUCACCACUGAGGGAGGUUUCAAGGUCCCAGGAUCAGUUCAGCGAUAUGAGAAUCAGCAUAAACCAGACGCCUGGGAGCAAACCUGUCUUUGGGUUUACAAUAAAAUGGGAUUUUUCUGGGAUCUUCGUAGCAACAGUCGAAAAAGGUAGCCCAGCAGAAUUGUCUCAGCUGCAGGUGGAUGAUGAAAUUCUUGCCAUCAAUAACACCAAGUUUUCAUAUAACGAUACAAAAAAGUGGGAGGAAGCCAUGGCAAAUGCCCAAGAAACUGGAAACUUAGUGAUGGAUGUCAGGCGCUAUGGAAAGUCUGACUGGGGCAAAGACCAACCUUCCCUGCCAUUUAUACGGCAUAAAACCCUCAAUCUUACCAGUGUGGCUACCAAAAUUAUAGGUUCACCUGAAACAAAGUCGACUGAUACAACUUCAGGAAUUUACAACACAGACAAGUCUUCAAGUCUGUCAGUAACAACUGAUUUCUCUGAAAGCCUUCAGAGUCCUUCUACUGAAUCCAAACAAAUCAAUGGAAUUCAUGAGGAAAGCAGCACCUUUGAUUCAAAAGCAUCAGAAUCCAUUUCUUUGAAAAAUUUAAAAAGGCGAUCACAAUUUUUUGAACAAGGAAGCUCUGACUCUGUGGUUCCCGAUCUUCCGGUUCCAACCCUCAGUGCCCCGAGUCGCUGGGCCUGGGAUCAAGAGGAGGAGAGAAAACGGCAGGAGCGGUGGCAGAAGGAGCAGGACCGCCUACUGCAGGAGAAGUACCAACGUGAGCAAGAGAAGCUGAGGGAAGAGUGGCAGAGGGCUCAACAGGAGGCUGAGAGAGAGAAUUCCAAGUACUUGGAUGAGGAGCUGAUGGUCCUAACCUCCAACAGCAUUUCUCUGACCUCACGGGAGCCUGUGGCUGCCACCUGGGAACCCACUUGGAGUGAAGGGUCCAAGUCUUCGGACAGGGAAGGCACCCGGGCUGGAGAGGAGGACAGGGGCCAGCUGGAAGAUGAUGCCGUUUGCGAGGACCAAAGUCUGAAGCUGCAGCAACAGCUCGUGCUUGAGCAGGAGAAGAAACGGAAGGAACAAGAGGCUCAGGAAGAGGAGCUCCGGAAGCAGCAGGAAGCUGAGGCUCAGGCCCGCGCUCGGGCACAGGAGGAGGCAGAAGCCAAGGCCCGGGCAGAUGCCCAGGCCCAGGCUGAAGCUGAGGCGCAAAGAAGAGCUGAAGCACACAAGUUCCAGGCAGAGAGGGAGCGAGAAACUUCGGUCAAAAUAUACCAGUACCGGAGGCCUGUUGAUUCCUAUGAUCUACCAAAGAGAGAAGAAGAACCUUCAGGAUGGCUUCCCAGUGACAGAAGUAAAUCAAGAUCUACUACAGAACUAAAUGACCCCUCCAUAGAGAAAAAUGGAAGCAGCAGAUAUUCAGAGCGAAUUGGGACCACUGGCUUUUCACAGAGGAGCUCCAAGAAGGAUCAAGCCCCCUCAGAAGCAGAGUUAGAGCGACAGCAAAUCCUUCAGGAAAUGAGGAAGAGGACAUCUCUCCACAAUGACAACAGCUGGAUCCGGCAGCGCAGUGCCAGUGUAAACAAAGAGCCCAUCUGCCUGCCUGGGAUCAUGAGAAGAGGAGAGUCUCUGGACAAUCUAGACUCCCCGAGGCCCGGUUCUUGGAGGCAGUCCCUUUGGCACAACCAGCCCGCAGGAGUCUAUGCCUCCUCCUCUGUCCAAGACUUCAGUCGCCCACCGCCACAGCUGCUGUCCACCUCAAACCGUGCCUACAUGCGGAACCCAUCGUCUGCUGCGCCACCUCCAGCGGGCUCUGUGAAGACCGCCAUCCCAGGCCCUGCCACCGCGGGGUCCACCUCCCCGCGCAGCCAUUCCCCUUCCGUGUCACAGUCAGGCUCUCAGCUACGUAACAGGUCAGUGAGUGGGAAGCGUGUGUGCUCCUACUGUAAUAACAUACUGGGCAAAGGAGCCGCCAUGAUCAUCGAGACCCUGGGUCUUUGUUAUCAUUUACAUUGUUUUAAGUGUGUCUCCUGUGAGUGUGACCUCGGAGGCUCUUCCUCAGGAGCAGAAGUCAGAAUCAGAAACCACCAACUCUACUGCAAUGACUGCUAUCUCCGAUUCAAAUCUGGACGGCCAACCGCCAUGUGAUGUAAGCCUCCAUUCGAAAGCACUGGUGCAGAUAGAAGAGGAGGCGGUUGCCGCUGGUGCAGAACUAUAAAUACCUGUUGUUGUAUGUUUUUCCCUCUUUUCUAAAAAGAAGAAUAACCUUCGCCGCGUUAGAUGACAUAGGAACACUGUAGCGUUGGUAGGACCUGUAUUUUUGUUGUUUAUUUAUAAGAAGGUAAUUAUGUGGGGUGGGGGGAGAGUGCAGUAUUUGCGUUUUGAAUUUCAGCAUCCCAAAAUGCACAAGUGGAAAACAAAACAAAACAAAACAAAAAACAAAACCAAGAACUUAAAAAAAAAAUACUUUCGAGGCCAAUGGUGGUCCAGUGUGACUCUUCAGUGGUGUUUGAAAGAGGGUAAUUUUUUUAAAGUUCUUAAACAUCAUUUGAAAUUGUUAAUAUAAAUAUGUAAUUGUUUACAGUUUAUUAUAAUGUAUUCUAAGUUAAUGUGGAACCACAUGAAAAAUUUCAUUUAAAUCCACUCAUAAGCUUGCUUUUUGUGGUUUUCUUUACACAGAAAUAAUCCAAUUGAAAAAUAAUUUUGCUUACGUAAAUAUUUUAUUCACUUGAGGAGGGUGCUCUAUUUUCUUCAAAAGGACUGUUGUUGCUAAGCAAAUCCCCAUAGGAAGCUGUUUAUUUUCAGUAAUGAAAAAUAAUCAUGGUUUGCGUAAUCAUGGAAAUUUCUCCAGAAACUGGUAAUCUUUUCUGUUCAGUUGCCUUUGUAAAUAAAAAAUGGUGAUGCAUUUAAAAAA